CGAUUACGUACUUUAGUAGUGAGAAUUAUACAAGUGAGCUUUGAUUGACUAACUUAUACCUGGAUAUAAAUUCGACAUAACUCACGUGAGAUAAGUAAUUGCGUAGAAUGGCAUCAAAUGAUGUUGUAAGGACGUCGGAUCUCACACUUUGCACAUAGCCUUUCGUAUUUAUUUACAUGAGAUGAAAGUACAAGAGGUGAGUGAGACAAGUCGUCGAAGAUACACAAUCGACUUCCAACAGACGAAAUUGGCUAUACGUAAAGUGAAAAUAUAAUAUCCAUGCGAUACUGUUUAAUACCAUUUGAUACGAAUUUAUUCGUCGAAUUAUCUCACAUAAUAUAUAUCAAAUUUUCAUCGUGGUGAAGACUACUUAAUUAAAAAGAGUUCACUUUUGUAAUUCUUUCCAUGUUUUGGGAUAUACGAUUGAUUCGCAAAUUGCAGAUUUAUACGUAGCAACUUACGAUCUGACUCAGUUGGUAUUUUCUUUUACAAAAUGAGAGGAAAAUUAUCACAUUUGAUACAAAAGGGAAUGACGAGGUACGGGGAAGAAGGCGAACGCGGAAGCGACAUAGUGGCGCGCUUCGAGGUAGCGGCAAUAGUUGCCUUACGGAAGCCGUGCACGCUUCUUCGAUAAAGAUGAAUCAAGCAAUUGCAUCUGUGUUGUUUUGCGUCAUAUUGUGCUUUUGCUACGCAUCAUGUGUCAAUUUCUGGAGUUGCGGCUCGACACUAGGUAGGUUCACGGAUGUUUCAGUUAUAGGCUGUUCCACAAAGGACAAAAGAUGCAUCUUUAUACCUGGCGCUACUAUCGUCGUAUUCAUCAAAUUUAUACCUGAUGUUGACAUCCCACAAGUAUAUGCGCGUGCGCGUGCCGUAAAAGAGGAAGGUGAUGUACAUUUUGUAUUCGACGAAUCUGACGUUUGCAAGGAUCCGUACAGCCUAGUGCAAUGUCCUUUGCAAAAGGACCAAGAGUAUAAUUACACCGAAAUGUUUAUCUUAGAUCCGAAUACCCUGGAUUAUAGCAUAACCCUUGAAUGGGAGCUUGUAAACGCCGCAGGAGAGAAGAUAGUGUGUGUUGGGAUUCCUGCCGAUCUUAGAAAUGCUACUCGUUCAGAUUGAUCCGAUGUAAAAGUAUGCGAGGGAAGCUGAUUAAAUUUUUUUGUAACUCUAAUGUUUGCUAAUUAAAAAUUAAUGAUUUUUUCAAAGA